AUCAAAGGACAAGAGGAAUUUCCUUCGUGACCCUCCGGCCGGCGUGCAAUUUAAUUUCGACUUUGAUCAGAUGUACCCCGUGGCCCUGGUCAUGCUCCAGGAGGAUGAGCUGCUGAGCAAGAUGAGAUUUGCCCUCGUUCCUAAACUUGUGAAGGAAGAAGUGUUCUGGAGGAACUACUUUUACCGCGUCUCCCUGAUUAAGCAGUCAGCCCAGCUCACGGCCCUGGCCGCCCAACAGCAGGCCGCAGGGAAGGAGGAUAAGAGCAAUGGCAGAGAGCAGGAUUUGCCACUGACAGAGGCAGUACGGCCCAAAACGCCACCCGUUGUAAUCAAAUCUCAGCUUAAAACUCAAGAGGAUGAGGAAGAAAUUUCUACUAGCCCAGGUGUUUCUGAGUUUGUCAGUGAUGCCUUCGAUGCCUGUAACUUAAAUCAGGAAGAUCUAAGGAAAGAAAUGGAGCAACUAGUGCUUGACAAAAAGCAAGAUGAGACGGCCGUACUGGAAG